AGAACUUCAAUCAUCAGUAUUUGUGCAGCAACUGACGUGAAUUCUCAUUCUAAUUCUAAUUCUUUCCCUCCAAUUACAAAUACUUUUGCCAAAUAAAAGAGAAGGAAAAGAAAUCCUCAUGGCUUCAGUUCCUUCAAAGCUCUACUCUGAUGAUGUUAGCCUUGUGAUGGUGUUGUUAGACACCAAUCCAUUCUUCUGGACCACUUCUUCCCUCCCAUUUUCCCAAUUUCUCUCUCAGGUUCUUGCGUUUUUGAACUCGAUUUUACUGCUCAAUCAACUGAACCAAGUCGUAGUGAUUGCUACUGGGUAUAAUUCUUGCGACUAUAUUUAUGAUUCGUCUUCGGCUACAAAUCAGAGCUCUGAGGAUGGGAGAUUGCCUGCUUUAUACUCCAAUUUGUUGCAGAAAUUGGAGGAGUUCAUAAUCAGAGAUGAAAAGUUGGCGAAGGAGGAGCCUCGAGGAAAGAUUGCGUCUUCGUUGCUCUCGGGGUCAUUGUCCAUGGCGCUUUGUUAUAUACAACGGGUUUUUCGCUCGGGACCACUCAAUCCUCAGCCUCGAAUUUUGUGUUUGCAGGGAUCUCCAGAUGGACCAGAACAAUAUGUUGCGGUAAUGAAUGCAAUAUUCUCUGCCCAACGCUCUAUGGUGCCUAUAGACUCUUGUUAUGUUGGUGCUCAUAAUUCAGCCUUUCUGCAGCAGGCUUCUUAUAUAACUGGAGGUGUGUAUGUAAAACCUCAACAUUUGGAUGGGCUGUUUCAAUACUUAGUGACUGUGUUUGCAGCUGACUUGCAUUCUCGUAACUUCAUACAACUUCCUAGGCCUGCCGGUGUGGAUUUCCGAGCAUCUGGUGAGCACACGUCUGCGUGUUAGCUUAUAAAGGCCAUUACUCAGUUAUGAUCCCAUCAAGGUGGGGCCCUUUGGAGGUAAAAUGGGUAGACAGUUCUAAGCUUCAACGUUUUGGCACGAAGUGGUUGCUCUCAGGAGUCAAACACGCACUUAGGGUUCGAUUGUGCACAAUUUGUUUGUUUUGGAGAGUUACAAUCACUAUUAAUUUAAUUAUUGCCACAUUUUCUUAUUUCAAAAUGUUGGCAAUUUAUAUGUAAUUGUUCACUAGGCAUUAUUACUUUCAAUCCAAACAACUAGCUUUUCAUAAUACCAAAGGACUACUAGCUUUCCAGCAAUUUUAUGAUAUUAUAAAAAUGCUAAUUUUAAUUUUAAGCAGAAAGGCAACUUUAUUUUUAUUCUCAGAUUUAUGUGCGUUAUUUGCUUGUAAUCCAGCUGUAUUAGCUUUUUAUGAUACUAUGGGAUUGCUAGCUGAUGUUUUUAAGUGGAUUUGCUGCAGUUUUAUGAUACUACAAAAUUGCUGGCUGUAGUUCUGAGCAGAGAGGCGGCGGGUCUAUUACCAUUGUCUGAUUUAUUAUUUAUAUCAUUAAAUGCAUUAUCAUUUGCAUUCUCAUGUGAACAAUAAGCCACUCUUGCUUGUGUAUGUUUACUGUGGGAAGAAUUUUCUUUUAUUUGUUCCAAA